AUGGCCUCUGAUCACACCAAGCCCUCUCUGCAUUUCACGGCUGGCUUCUGGAUCAACGAUCCUUGUGCGCCCGGUUAUGAUCCGGCCACCGGCUUAUACCAUGUCUUCUAUCAAUGCAAUCCACAUAGCACUGUAUGGGGCUCUAUGUCGUGGGGUCAUCUUACCAGCAAAGAUCUCGUUUCGUGGACACCCUCAACUACUCCCGCUUUAGUACCCGACCAGCCCUACGACCGUGAUGGAGUUUUUACUGGUUGCAUGGUGCAACCCACAAAUUCCCAAGAUUCGCUAAAGGUUAUUUACUCGUCUGUCUGCCGUUUGCCUUUUCACUGGAGCACACCGCCAUAUCCCCGCAACGCCGCUGGACUAGCAAUCGCUGAAUCUAACGAUAACGGAGAGACUUGGACGAAAUGCUCCGAAAACCCAAUCUUGAUAGGCGAACCCAAGGGGAUUCGAGUAACUGGCUUCCGUGAUCCCUUCCUAUCGGAAUGGCCGGCUUUGGACCAACUCCGUGGACAGAAGUCCCUGUAUGGUCUUGUCUCGGGCGGAAUCGAUGGCUACGGACCGACGGCCUUCCUAUAUUCCGUGCUGCAUGAGAAUUUAUCCAAAUGGCACUAUUUGUGUCCCUUGGUCGAUAUGUCUGCGCGAUUUCAACCCUCGCAGAAGUGGUCUGGGAACUUCGGCGUCAACUGGGAAUGCGCAAAUUUCCUGACGCUUAGAUCCCAUAGCGCUAGCCGCGUGUGCCUCAUCCUUGGUGCGGAAGGAGACGUGGAACGGGAACACAUUCGGAAUUUUAAAAACCACCUACACGUUCCUCCAAGGACUGUUCGUUCUCUAUUGUGGAUGUUUGGUGAUUUGCGGGCUGGGAGAGACUCCGCUCGUGUUAACUUCACUCAUGGCGGCUAUUUGGACUGUGGGUCGUUAUAUGCGGCAAAUUCGUUUUUCGAUGCGUUAUCCAGGAGACAUAUAAUGCACGCAUGGAUACCCGAGGAGGAUAUUACAGCCGAUUACGCCAAAAGCAAAGGGUGGAACGGUGCGUUAGCUAUUGCCCGCGAACUCUAUCUCCUUCCCAUACCAAGUGUUACUCGAGCACUUCAUAGUCCUCUCUCGGAAAUAGCGUCUGUUGAGAAAGUUCCAGAUGGAGACGGUUCAGUCACAUUAUACACUCUCGGCAUUCGGCCAGUGGAAGAGAUUACUCAACUCCGCGGGUCCUGCAAUGAUGUUUGUGAACGCCGUCAUAUUUCACUCCCAUCUUCGGCAGGCCAAGCAAAACAGGCACUGUGCUCCGAAUUGUUCACGACCUGGGAGCUCGAGGCAACUAUUACCAUUGACCCAAGUCGCUGCCUUGAGGUAGGUUUCUCUAUCAGCCACAAUGGCGACCCGUCCGUAUGCACUGCCAUCAUCUUUUCGCCACAGGAAGAAACGAUCAGCGUCAACAAGGGGAGACCAGCAUUCAACCACAACAUACGCAAUUGCCCGGAGCAAGGGCCCUUUACGCUCUUCUAUAAGGCCAACGAUCAAGAAGCCGAAUCCAAAGACAAAUUAGAGGACUUGUGUAUUCGCAUUAUCGCAGAUGCGGACGUCUUGGAGAUCUUUGCAAAUGAUCGCUUUGCUCUUGCAACGAUGGUCUAUUCUCCGGAUGGUAUUGGCCCUGCCGCCCUAUCGGCAUUUGCUGAUGGGGGCCCAGGGAGCGCUUUUAUCGAAGACGUCACUGUUUGGAAUGGCUUAUCGAGUACUCGGAAAUAA